UUGGUAGGAAGCAGCAGGGUUGGAGUAGGGCUGAGCACACACACACAAGCCCGCACAAUCAAGGUGGCACACAUUAGUCGGCAGUCGGAUACACACCCACAUUCUGGGUGGAGGCAGUGGGAGAGCGCCCAGUAGCACACACAUACACACACACACACAUACACACACGGAUUCCCCAGUGUAGCCUGAGCUCAACUUCCAUCCUGGGGCUUCCCACUUUGCAGGCAGCAGCAUGAUUGUGUUUAGCCUGAUCGGUAUGGGAUUUUAUCUGCAGCUUUUCUUCUGUUUUGUCCUUUCUCAGACUUCCUUCAUGGACAGUGUCUUCCCAAUCCCUGCAGCAUUGGCUUCCUUUGAGCAGAAGAAACGAAGCAAUAGCAAAUUAUGCUGUAUCCUGUCUCCGCCUCCACCACCAUUAUUCCCUCCCCUUCCUUUCUUCAGAGAACAGAACUGGUUUGAGGGGCCUCCAGUGGUGACUAAUCCCACAGUUCCAUUAUGUGUGUCAGGCCCACAAGGACCAGAGGGACCUCCUGGUCCACAGGGCCCUCAUGGCGUUCCUGGGUUAUCUGGACCAAAGGGAGAGAAAGGUGAAAUUGGCAGGCCAGGAAGAAAGGGUAGGACUGGCCCGCCUGGUGUUCCUGGAAUGCCUGGGCCUAUAGGCCCUGCAGGACCAAUGGGUCAGAAGGGAGAAAAGGGUGAUUCAGCAAUACUGGGAGUGCCGGGCUCCAGAGGACCAAUGGGCCCUAAGGGUUUUCCUGGCGCUAAAGGAGAAGAGGGAAUGAAAGGAGAUAACGGUGAAAUGGGCCCCAAAGGUGAACGGGGAAUUAUGGGCCUUCCGGGAAUGCUGGGACAAAAAGGAGAGAUGGGCCCAAAAGGAGAGCCUGGUGUUCCUGGAAACAGAGGGCCAACUGGACGACCGGGCAAACGAGGAAAACAGGGGGAUAAAGGUGCGACUGGAUCCACAGGGAUUAUGGGCCCUCCUGGUAGACCAGGUUCCUCUGGACCUCCUGGACCUCCAGGACCAGGGCAUCUAAUGGUUGGACCAAAAGGAGACCGAGGAAUUCCUGGGCCACCAGGAAGAUGUCUCUGCAAACACCCACAAUCUGUGACUAACUCAGACUAUGAACCUUUCAACUCUGCGAAGAUAUUUGUGGUUAACAGUCAGGAGGAACUGGAUCGUCUGAAUACUGACAAUGCCUUCGCAUUUCGGAAAGAUAUGAGGGCACUCUAUUUUAAGGACACAAAUGGAUGGCUUCCUAUUCAGCUCACUCCUUUUCGAAGUGGCAUUGAUUAUGGCAAUACCUGUGGGGACGGAAUCAGCCAGCCAGGAGAGGAAUGCGAUGAUGGCAAUAAAAUUGUCACAGAUAGCUGUAUACGAUGUAAGCGUGCCUUUUGUGGAGAUGGCUAUCGGCAGGAAGGAGUUGAAGAAUGUGAUGGGCAAGACUUUGGAUUUCAUUCAUGUGGAACUUAUCUACCAGGGUCAUAUGGCCACUUACGAUGCACUACCUACUGCUACAUUGACUCCACACAGUGUCGAUAUUUCACAUGAAAAGGGAGUGAACACUGAAGAGUGAAAAGGCGAUGUCACAGAUACAUCAGGUGCUAUCGUAAAAGAAAAAUCAACAAGACUGGGCAAAAUACUUCAAAGCAUUGGGAAUGUAUUGCUGCUGAUGGCUUUUUGAGAAUUGUUUUACUUAUGCCUGACUGGAAGAACUAGGACCACUGCAUCCUGUCUUAACACAACAUGCCAAACAGUACUUUCCAGCAACUGGUUUUUUAAUGUUUAUGCAAGGUAAGCUUAAGAGACACACAAAGGCUGCUGGGAAAAAUCGAAUCUCACUCAUCAGGAAUAUUCUAUUUAACAAAACAACAUUACCUCGACUUAGCACUGUUAUAGAUGUAAUUUACACUUAUUCAGGUUUUCUUUUGUAUUUUUUUGUUUCUCUGGACUGUUAUUUACUAAGCACCAAGCAUAACAUGAGUCGUGGUGUUUUGUGAAGAACAUUAAACCUCUUAAUACAAUGUGAAUAUUGAAUGUUCAUGUACCUGCGUUCAUUAUUGUAUCAACAAGAUUAAGGUAACUCGGCAAAGCAGCUCCUCUUAUGAAUUCUAUUGAAUCUGGGCACCAGACUGACGGUUUGACCAAAGGAACCAGGUUCAAAGACUUGUGAAGGCUCCAGUAUGGAUGAAGGAAUGCAGGAAGCCCUAAUAUACAGACGGCCAAGGUGGAUAAGGAUGGGGUUGCAGACCAAAGAUACUGUGGAGUAUGGAACGAAAGUACAUAUUUUGUGCCUAUGUGAAUGUUUCCUUAACUAUAUCACACAUCUAAUGGCAUGCCAUUGUAAAGUAUUUAUAGACUUUAAUCUACAUAAGCAGCAGUACAAGAGCUAUUUUUAAAAGUUAUAUCUAGAUACAGCAUCAUGAUGUAGGAGCCACUACAUACAAGCUGACAAGUUGCCUGAGGAAGGUUUCCUUUUGGAUUUAAAUCUGCAGUGCCAAAUCAGAUAUGUCUGGCUUGUGCUUAUGAUGAGACAGGAGCCAUUAAGUCCAGUGCUACAAGUGUAGUAACAAGAUACAGCAUACCAGUAAGUAAGAUGGCCUUUGCAACAUUUGCAGAAUGUGUAAUCAUGGGUAUGGAGACAUUGAAAAUGUACUUUCUCUUUAAGAGACAGGGUGUCUCGCCUUGUCAUUUCUUUCUGACUAAAGAGCUUCAUUUACUAACAUAAGUACUAACUUACCAAAGUGAAUUUACUUGUAACAGCCAAUCAGGUCUUUCAUUUUUCCAACUUCUUAUUCAUUGUAGACUUUUAAAAAUGAAUUGCUGAUUCGUAUUAUCGCCUAUGUUUUAAAAUCAGCCCAAGUCUUAAACUAAAAUAUAAAUAAAAAUAAUUAUUGUUAGGAAAACGUAGCUUGCACUGCUGCUGUAGAUUUUCUGAUUACAAUAUAUAACCAAGCAGGCAAACACAUUAUUGCUAUACUUUUGAUGAUAAUUAUUUUAUAAUUACACCUUUUUUCAUUAUUGGUCAACUGUCCGAUGCUCUUGUUUCCCUUCUAUUUCUAUUAAUGCAUUCUUAACCAAUGCUGAAUUCUAGCCUGGUGACCCCUGUGAUGAGUGUAUUCUUGUUUCCAUGUCUCCCUAUGAGGUUGUUGUUAAAUCUGUAUUCUGCACAGCCUUUAUGAGAACAUACCACUUUUCAUUUUGAGAAAAGGAGCAGAUCUUGCAUGUGUUGAGCGGUGCUGCAGAUCUGCUUGUCCUCUAACAUAGUAACUAUGGUAUCUAUGCUAUUUACUCGGUGUACUUAGGUUUAUUUAUUAAAGACGAGAAUCACCUGGGCUGUAUAGACUAUUAUGCAUAUUACAUGUUGGAAAAGAAUAUCUUUAUUUUUUGCAGCAGAUUUGUAGAUGAUAUACCAUGCAGUAUGUGUUGAUAAGUAUUCAGAGAUCUAGGCUAUAACAUAGGCUAUAACAUAAUAAAUAAGUUUGGGGCUUGUUUCUUAAUAAUCCCUGAUUCACAUGUUACAUGCAUGCAUUUCCCAUUUGGUUGACAGUGCCACGGUGCUUGCAAAAUUUAAGAGUAUGUGCAUCAAGUCAAACACGUUUCUGUCAAAGUGAUUAGAUGUAUAUGUAUGUGUAUGUAUGUAUGAAUGUUAUAAUAUGAAACUCUCUGUUUCUGCAUGGUCUUGACCCUGGAAUUCACAGAAGAUAAUAAAAAGGAGUUGGUACAGUC